AUGGUUGAGUUGCGAGAACUUAGGUGCAUGUUGCCAUACACUGCGAGAUCAUGGCUAACAUGCACAGAGGUCGUGGUAGACCCAGAAAACCAGAAUUCAGACUCUGAACCGCCAAGUGGUAGUGAAGGUUGUCAAUGGCCUCAGUUUGUGCAACAGAUGCAACAACAACAUAACCAAUUCAUGCAACAGAUGAUGCAGCAGUGGAAUGGUGGUUUGCGUCCUCAAGGGGUUCCACAAGAAGCUGUAGGUGGUAGUUUCCGAGAUUUCUUCCGCAUGAAUCCUCCUAAAUUCCAUGGUGGGUUGAAUCCUGUGAAGGCUAAUGAGUGGAUAACCAGCAUGGAAAGGAUUUUUCAGAUAGUGCAUUGUAGUGAGGAGAAUAAGGUUGUGUUUGAUUCUCACAUGAUAAAGAGUCCAGCUGUGAGAUGGUGGGAGAGUGCUUCGACUCUUAUGACCAAUCAAGGAGUACCUAGGGAUUGGGAGCAUUUUAAGACUAUUUUCCUGGAUAAGUAUUUUUCUAGUUCUUUGAGGACUCAGAAAGAGUUUGAGUUUCAACAGCUUAGGCAGGGUACUAUGACAGUAGUUGUGUAUGCUGAGAAGUUCGGAGAUAUGGCUGCUUAUUCUAGACAAGCCGCAUAUGCACCAUAUGAGAGUGUUUCUCAAAGGGAAUUCACUACUUAUGCUGAAUUGUUAAGGCAAUGUUAUGUGGCUGACAAUAGUUUGAAGAAGUUUCAAGAAGAAAGGCAUCAGUAUAGGAGUGCACAGAGAGACCAAGGGAGGCCAGGUAGUCAGUUCAGGCCUAUAUCUCAGGCUUUCAAAGGAAAACAGGUACAACAUGAAAGACCUAACCAUCCUCCUCAAUGUCAAGUGUGUAAGAAGUCUCAUUUUGGAAGAUGUGUUGGAAGUGGAGUUAGGUGUUUUACUUGUCAGAGGGAGGUACACAUGUCUAGGGAAUGUCCUCAUAAUAAGAAUCAAAUGCAGGGGAGGAGCACUGGCCGAGUUUAUAUCUUGGAUGUAAGGAAGGCUAAGAGCAGCAAUGCCUUAAUUGCUGGUACAUGUCUCAUUAAUAAUCAUCCUUGUUUUGUAUUGUUUGACUGUGGGGUGACACACUCUUUUGUAUCAAUUCAGUGCAUGAAUCGUCUUGGCUUGCAAGAAAUUCCCUUGUCUCCUACUAUGGUGGUUACUACCGCCAUGGAUAAUGUGGUUGAGACACCGUUAAUUUGUGAAAAUUGUUCUCUCUCGGUUGAUAUGGUUUUGGGGAUGGAUUGGUUUUCUGCCAAUUCGGUGUUUAUUGGAUGUGAAGAGAAGUUGAUUAUCAUUCCAUCUAGUGAAUCUACUCCAAAGGAUGUAUUAACUACUAUCUUAGAAGGUACGGUUGGUAUGGUUAAUUUCUUAUUUGAGAAGGAAAAGUCAGUUCUCUUGAUACUUACCAAGGAAUCUAGCGAUAAUCUGAGUGUUAAGCAAAUUCCUAUUGUUUGUGAAUUUCCGGAAGUUCUCCCUGAGGAUGUCACCUCUCUUCCUCCUUAA